AUGGCUCCCGCAACAUCCUCGGCCAACGGCGCCAGCCCGAGCGGCACUCUUUCGGCUAACGACAACAUCCGCCGUUUCGCUGCGCCGAGUCGGCCGCUGAGCCCUCUCCCCGCCCACACUCUCUUCAACGAAAAGACAAGAUGCUUUGUCUACGGUCUGCAGCCGCGCGCCGUGCAAGGCAUGCUCGACUUCGAUUUCAUCUGCAAGCGGUCCACGCCUUCGGUCGCGGGAAUUAUCUACACGUUCGGCGGUCAAUUCGUCAGCAAGAUGUACUGGGGAACUAGCGAGACCCUGCUCCCCGUUUACCAAGAAGUUCCAAAGGCAAUGGCGAAGCACCCCGAUGUAGAUGUGGUUGUCAACUUUGCUUCGUCUCGUAGCGUCUACAGCUCGACGAUGGAGCUGAUGGAGUACCCGCAAAUCAAGACGAUUGCUAUCAUUGCCGAGGGUGUCCCGGAGCGCCGCGCGCGUGAAAUUGCGCAUGUUGCGAAGAAGAAGGGCGUCACCAUUAUUGGCCCUGCCACUGUUGGUGGCAUCAAGCCCGGCUGCUUCAAAAUCGGCAACACCGGUGGCAUGAUGGACAACAUUGUUGCCUCCAAGCUGUACCGCAAGGGCUCGGUUGGCUACGUCUCCAAGUCGGGCGGUAUGUCCAACGAGCUGAACAACAUUAUCUCGCAGACGACAGACGGCGUCUACGAGGGUGUGGCAAUUGGCGGCGAUCGUUACCCCGGCACCACUUUUGUUGACCACCUGCUGCGGUAUCAGGCCGAUCCUGCAUGCAAGAUCCUCGUGCUACUCGGCGAGGUCGGAGGUGUUGAGGAGUACAAGGUGAUUGAUGCCGUCAAGCAAGGCAUCAUUACCAAGCCUAUUGUGGCGUGGGCCAUCGGUACCUGCGCUAGCAUGUUCAAGACCGAGGUUCAGUUCGGCCAUGCUGGUGCGUUCGCUAACUCGCAGCUCGAGACUGCCGCUAUGAAGAAUCAGAGCAUGCGUGAAGCUGGCUUCUACGUCCCCGACACCUUUGAGGACAUGCCGGCUGUCCUGAAGUCCUUGUACGAGAAGCUUGUCAAGGAUGGCACCAUCAAGCCCCAGCCCGAGCCUGUCGUGCCCAAAAUUCCCAUCGAUUAUUCAUGGGCGCAGGAACUUGGUCUUAUCCGCAAGCCGGCUGCUUUCAUCUCGACCAUCUCGGACGACCGUGGUCAGGAGCUGCUAUAUGCUGGAAUGCCCAUCUCGGAUGUAUUCAAGGAGGACAUUGGCAUUGGCGGCGUCAUGUCACUGCUGUGGUUCCGUCGCCGCCUCCCAGACUACGCGUCCAAAUUCCUUGAGAUGGUCCUGAUGCUUACCGCUGACCACGGUCCCGCUGUGUCUGGCGCAAUGAACACCAUCAUCACGACUCGUGCUGGCAAGGACUUGAUCUCAGCAUUGGUGAGCGGUCUCCUCACUAUUGGCUCUCGGUUCGGUGGCGCUCUGGACGGUGCUGCCGAGGAGUUUACCAAGGCGUUCGACAAGGGUCUCAGCCCACGUGAAUUUGUGGACACGAUGCGCAAGCAGAACAAGCUGAUUCCGGGUAUCGGGCAUCGCGUCAAGUCGCGGAACAAUCCGGAUCUCCGUGUGGAGCUUGUCAAGGAAUAUGUCAAGGCCAAAUUCCCGAGCCACAAGAUGCUCGACUAUGCGCUGGCGGUCGAGACAGUAACAACGUCUAAGAAGGACAACCUCAUCCUGAACGUCGAUGGUUGCAUUGCCGUAUGUUUCGUUGACCUGCUGCGGAACUGCGGCGCUUUCAGCCCCGAAGAGGCGGAAGAUUACCUCAGCAUGGGCGUGCUCAACGGCCUGUUCGUCCUCGGCCGCAGCAUCGGUCUCAUUGCUCACUUCCUCGACCAGAAGCGCCUGCGCACCGGUCUGUACCGCCAUCCCUGGGAUGACAUUACAUACCUCCUCCCGAACCUGCAGCAGGCUGGUGCCCCGGGUGCCGAGGGUCGUGUGGAGGUCCAGAUGUAA